AGCACGCGAGCGGCCGGCGGGGCUGCGUGUGGCGCAGGAGCCGGCGCUGCGGGUCGUCAUGUUUCUCCAGUAUUAUCUCAACGAGGAGGGCGACCGGGUGUACACGCUGAAGAAGUUUGACCCUAUGGGACAGCAGACCUGCUCGGCCCAUCCUGCGCGCUUCUCCCCGGACGACAAGUACUCGCGACACCGCAUCACCAUCAAGAAGCGCUUCAAGGUGCUGAUGACCCAGCAGCCGCGUCCUGUGCUCUGAGGGCCUCCUCCACCGCCUGCCGCUCCGCAGAGGCUCCUUGUAAAAUAAACCAAAAAUGCCCCCUCCA